AUGCUGGAUGAUCACUUCUACACUCUUGACUUCCGUGGCGAGCUUGCGCCUGGCCGUUAUGAGCGUGAAGGUGUUCCUGGCUACGUCUACAGCUCCCAGCAGCCUGGGAUCAUACCUAUUUUCUGCUGCUACGACCCCGACAGUGGUGACCACUUCUAUACGGCUGACCCAACUGGCGAGUUUGCUCCCCAAAACUACCGCUACGAGGGCGUCGGAUGGUACAUGUUCAGAGAAAGAAUCGUCAGCACCUUUCCUCUGUACCGCUGGUACAACCAAACAAAUGGUGACCACUUCUACACCACAAACACGGCUGGCUAUCUGCACGACAUUUCGGCACCCAAUAGUGUGCCACUCUAUCGAUGGUACAAGUCAGGGCUACUCAGCAACUUCACAUUUGACCCCGCCAUCACUCCGACUCAAAAGUCCACUCUCUUAGAACGUCAUACCUGGGCGUACUAUCGCGCUGGAAGAGACCCAUCAGCCACAGUGUUUCGACGGUUCGAGGAGCCGAGGGUGAACGCGAGCGCCUUCGUCGGGGCCCAAUCGCCGCUCGGAGACAAUGAGAUUGUGCAAACCCUGUUGCAUGAGAUGAUGGACUGUGCUGGGUAUACUCAUCCCGUUCGCAUCGACCCCCCGGCGCCGAACGCCGGCGUCCCGUAUGAUGGCGGCAAAUACUACGGAACCCCACCCCUUAGGGCGGAACUGUGUAUUGCUGGACAGUAG